AUGCAGCUGUUACAUGGAUCAAAGGAGAAAAAUAAAUGGAUUAUCAGGAGAUUUCAAUCAAUGGCAUACUCCUAUCUCAUGAUACUGCUUACGUCUUGUGUCAAACGAACCGGCAGUUUUUCAAUUCUCGGCAAUCACAGCGGAUCACAUUCGCAACUUGAGAACGAAGGUUGCCAUGAGGUAGACGAACAUCGUUGCGCUUUCUGA